AUGCCCAAUGUCACCUGGGGCGCAGCGGGUUACGCCAAGCUGAUGGCGGACCUGACAGCUUUCGAAGUCCCGAGGGACUUGCCGAAAGUGAACGUGCUACUCUUCGGGGGCGUCGGAGCCGGCAAAAGCAGCCUCAUAUCCUCGGUCGACAGUCUCUUCAAGGGACGAAUCUCUCGCAGAGCAGCCCACGGACAGGGCACGGGCUCGUACACCCGCAUCCUGAACAAGUUCACCUUCAAGCACACCAGUCCUCAAGACAGGGAGUAUCAGGCCGGUGAGCUGGGGUACAUUCUGGACGGCAAUGUAUCCCACGGCUUUGACCUGUCUCAGCCGAUCCACCCCCAAAGCCGCGAUUUCUUCGCGUACCCUGCCCUGGCAGACAGGGUGCACUGCGUGUGCUUUGUCGUGCCCAGCUGCAGUGCAUCGGACCAAGAAUACACCACCCGCCUCAAACAGAUGAAGAAGUUUGCCAUGGACCGAGGCAUUCCGACACUGGUAUUCCUGACCAAGGUGGACGAAUAUGACCCGGAGAUCAAUACAAGAGGAGUCUCCUCAAUCUUCUCAAGCGCGCGCAUCGCCGCGAUCAUGAGCGAGGUGGCUUCGCUGAGUGGCAGCGGGGGCACAAAGGAUGUGUUCCCAAUGAAGAGUUUCAGCAACGAGUACGAGCCCACGCCUGAUGUUGGAGUCCUCAUCAUGCGCGGCCUGCAGCACGCCCUCUUCGCAGCCCAGGACUAUUUGGAUGACUAUCAAGAGCUACCGGCAUCGGCUGCCGGUCGGACGCCAACCCCAAGAUCUGUCCCUCUGUCACGCCAAGAGCAGCAUGCCACGCAGCAGCAAAUGCCACCGGCACAGGGCAACACAGUUGGUGUUGCUGAGGCGGAGUGUGAGCAGCUCAUUGCUGCCGGCAAGCACCGCAUCUCCCAGGUGGCGGUCAACCCGUAUGCGACUGCGGAGAAGUUAGAGGCUGAGCUGGCAGCAUGGGACGAGGAGUACUACUCCAGCAAGAAGAACACCUGCCCCUCCAAAUGGCAGCUGCGCAGCCGCUUCAUCAACGGCCACUUCGCGCCGCUGCUGCGCGAGUUGCAGGACCGCGAGACUGCCGCAGAAACCGCGGCAAUGGAGGCCGCGGCGCAGCGGCAGCGUGCGGCCGAGGCGGCUGCGCACAAGGAGCGCACACUGCGCGCAAAAGAAAAGGAAGCUGCCGAGAAGCUCGAGCAGGAGGCUGCGGCGGAUGAGCAGCGGGAGCGCGAUGCAGCGGCGGCUGCGGCGCGGGCGCAAAAGGCGGAGGCCGCCGCAAAGCGCGCACGCGAGUCCGAAGCGGCCGCAAAGAAGGCGCUGGAAGCCGAGGCGGCGGCCGGUCGCGCCCGGCAAGCUGAGGCCGAGCGUCAACGACGCGAAGCCGAGGCGGCCGCGCAGCGCGCAGCCGACGCGGCAGCUGCCGCACAGCACACCCGGGACUAUGAGGCGGCGGCUCGCGCCGCACUUGAGGCCCAGGCCAAGGCGAACGCUGCGGAGGUCCAGUGGCAGAAGGCCGCGGCUGCUGCUGCCGCCAAGCGCGCAGCCGAUGCCGAGGCGACCGCCAGCGUGGCGCUCCGGGCGCAGGCCGCAGCGAACAAGGCGCGCGAGGAGGAGGCAGCCGCGCACCGUGCUCGGCAGACAGAUGCAGAGCGGCAGCGGCAGGAUGCCGAGCUGGCAGCCUCACGGGCGCGCGAAGCCGAGGCAAACGCGAUGCGCGCUUUGGAGGCGGAGGUGGCCGCAAGGCGGCUGCGCGAGGCCGAAGCCGCUGCCGAGCAGGCGCGUAUCGCGGAAGCGGCGGCUCAAAAGGUGCGCGAGACAGAGGCGGCAGCGAAGGCCACCCGCGAGGCUGAGGCGGCUGCUGCCAGAGCUCAGCAGGCCGAAGCCCAGCGCCGUCUGGAGGAGCUGGAGCUGCAGGCAGAGCAGCAGAGGGAGGCUGCGAAGAAGCAGCAAGAGGAGAUUGAGCGCGCAGAACUGGAGCGCCAGAAGAGCGCCACAGUGCGCUACUUUGAAGUGGAUGACUGGCAGUGGCUGGUCGAGGAUGACAGCUUGCUUAGCGGCUUCUCUGAACUGCUGGCGGGAGAGGAGCUGCGCGUGGGGCAGUGCAUGGCGUCGCCUGACGGCCGCAGCAGAUUCGCGUUCCAGGAGGACGGCAACCUUGUGGUGUACAAGGAUGGAACCGUGGUUUGGGCCACCAACACCAGCCAUGCGCGGCCCAAGCCAACCAGGCUCACCCUCCAGGAAGAUGGCAAUCUGGUCCUGUACGGAGCAGAGGGCCGGUUUGCGGGCUGGGCCAGCAACACAGAUGGGAAGGGAGACCGCCAGACAAGGCUUGUGCUCCAGAAUGGGGGCACGCUGAUUCUGCGCAACAGCAACGGGCGCACGAUAUGGAGCUCGGGUCCUCAGCUGAAGCUGGCAGAGGGCAUCACCGUGGCUGUGGACCUCAUCAAGAAAUUUCAAUCCUUAAAAAAGUGA